AAAAAGCCCUACAUCAAGCUGCAGUCAUGGAUGAGAUGGACUUGCCCCAGAUGAAGAAGGAGGUGGAGAGCCUCAAGUACCAGCUGGCCUUUAAAAGAGAGAAGUCCUCCAAAACAGUGACUGAUUUGGUGAAGUGGAUAGAGGACGGCGUCCCCGAGGAUCCCUUCCUGAACCCGGAGCUGAUGAAGAACAACCCGUGGGUGGAGAAAGGAAAGUGCAUCCUUCUCUAGAAGAAACCUUCCACUUUCAACUUUAACUGCGCUGACCAACACACACCUACAGAACACACCCUGAAUCUGACCCUGCCCCUGCCCCCUUGCCCAUCAAGGUCCUGGCAGGACAGCGCCUCCCAACCUCUCACCUUGAAUGUACAACAGUUGAUGUCCCCAACCGCCCCCCCUCCUCCCCAAAAAAAACAAAACACACACACACAAACAUCCCUGACAAGGGCACAGAAACACACUCUCACACUAACACUCCAAACUUUGGGUUUUUCCCAGACUGCCACACUUUCAAUGCAAGUUUAUUCCUGCCACGUCAAUGCAUCAUUACUAUGAUAUGACGAUGAUCAAUACUCUUACUACAUGUCUCUAUAUGGAUAUAUGAUGACGACUUAUUUAUGCAGCUGCCAGUCACAAGCUUUCUCUCUGUUCUUACUUCUCUACUCUUCAUUGUUAGCUUAGCUCUUUUUUUCCUUUCACUUUUAAUCAGCUGAUGAAUUCAAAUAUACUAAACUGUAGAGUCACACUGUCACUGCCAGACUGACUGUAGAU